UUUAAAGAAAGCAGAAGUUACAGAAAUGGAGGCGUUUAGAGAAGUUGUAUACGACGAAGAAAACAAAAUAUGGAGAUCAUUGAAUUAUAAGGAACAUAAUUUCGCUAAUCAAUCUCUAGGUGAAGCCUUUCUCAAAUCAAUGCUAAACAUGCCAAAGGAUAAAGUACUGGAACUAUUCUACGAUACUAAUGAAGAGAAGUCGGCUGAACUGAUUUAUAAGGAAGCAAUUGUGAUAGCCAUGAAUCUGCAGAGAAUUGGCAUCAAACCAGGUGAUGUCGUAGUGCUAUACUCCAUGCAUAAUCCUAAUAUAUCAGUGCUCGCAUUUGGUUGCUAUUUAAUUGGUGCAGUUGUGACGUAUUUUGAAACAAAAUUUUUACCAGAACAUAUUGACCAUGGAUUAAGCUUAGUGGAACCGACUAUGAUUAUUUAUGAGGAAGCAUACAGAAAUGACAUAGAUGAAUCACUCAAACGAUGCAAACAAGUCACUUUAAAAUAUUUAAUAUCAAUUGAUAGCAAAGAGUUUCCAAACAUCAAGAGCGAACUAUUGAAACCAACAUCUGUACAACAUAUGGAAAGUUUUAGGACAGUUAAAAUUCCGUACCCGAAGGAGACAACAGCUUCAUUAGUGUACACUUCAGGUUCAACAGGAUUUCCUAAAGCUGUCAAUUUAAGUCAUGCAGCUAUGCUCAGCGGCAUAAAACAGUGGUGGUGUAAUGCUGACAACAGCUCAGUACCUGUUGCCGAUUCAGUGAUGUUUGCUUCAAGUCCACUACGCUGGAUAGGUGCUAUUGCCAUAAUGUUACAAUCCAGCAUAUUGGGCAUUAAACGUAUUUAUACAAGUGGCAGAGCUAGAGCAGAUAUUAUUAAGAAGGGAAAAGUAACACACUUUUUUGGUUCCCCCGCCGCUUUUCAAGAUGUGCUAUAUACUGCAAAAAAUGAAAAUGUCAUGUCUACUCUACGUUAUGCUCUAUUAGGUGGUGAACCAUCACCAAAGUCAAUUUCUGAUCUUACCAAAAUACAAGCUAAAAACUGUCAACUGUUUAGCGUUUAUGGUAUGACUGAAGUUUCAGGCUGCAUUACUAUUGAAAAGGAUAUGAAUGGUGGAAAAAUCUUAGCUGGAUUAGAGUUAAAAAUUUUAGAUGAAGAACUGGAACCAGUUGGGAUUAAUGUACAUGGACAGCUUUGCAUAAAGCCAGUUAUACCUUUUAAUGGCUAUUUAAAAACAAAUAAACAUGAGUACAUAUUAAAGGAUAAUUUUUUUCUAAAUGGUGAUUAUGGAUUUGUGGACGAAAAUAAUGAUUUACAUAUAGCAGGACGUUAUAAGGAUUUAGUACAUACCAGAAAUGUUACUUUGAUACCAAACGACAUUGAAGAUCUUGUGAGUUUAUUACCAGAGGUGGCUUUUGCACGUCUCGUGGGUUGUAAGAAAUCCAUAUAUGAUUCUAGUGAAACUGGUGCCUUAUUUAUUGAAUUGAAAGAUAAUAUUAUGGAGGACCAUGAUGUUUUACGUAAUAAAAUAAGACACAAACUCAAAGCAAACCUUUCUGAAGAACAAUUUAACAGUAUAAAUGAAAUUUUAUUCAUGAAAUCACUACCGCGUGUAACUUGCGGAAAAAUUGAUCGUGUAUCAUUGAGAAGACGAGUUAAUGUCGGUUAAAGUACUGUUUCAGUAGUUGUAUUUAGUGUA